AUGCUUUGUGACGAAUAGACAGCAACUAAAAUUGGAUAAAAUGUAUUCAGAGAUUAUGUGGUGGAUGGAAGCUUUGAUAUUAAUUCAUUAUAGAAGAUGUUAGAAGAUUGCUAUGCAAAAUUGGAAUUACCUAUGCCUUCCCUGACCGAAUAGGAUUUAAUACAAUACGCAUAGAUUUGGGAUUUAAAUUAAGAUAACUCCAUUACAGAAGAUGAUGUUGAAAAUAAUGCAAAACAAUUAUUAUCACAAGAUCAAGAAGAUGCUAGUAAGGCUUAAGAACUACUUGGUUAUCCUCCUAUUUAAGUUACUUACGAAAGCUACGUAGUUCAAAAUUUAGAAUUCAAAGAAGAAAGUGCUGUUAUUGUUUCAAAGGAUAUUAAAUAAGAAACUGGAAGUUACUCCUUGAAAGCAGCUCCUGAAUCAAACAGACGAAAUUAAUCUUCAAUUUAACAAAGCACCAAAACUAUAUCGAAUUCAAAAUUAUAACCAUUAAGCCAAUAGUCAAACACAUUUGUGUAUCCCUUGGAAACGGAUAAAAAUAAAUAUUAAUAAUACAAUACGAGAACCUAAAAGAAGCUUGAAUUAGCAGAAAGAGUUUUUAAUAAAUUCUAAAAAAAUGGUUUCAUCACUUAGAAUGAGGCAUUUGCAUUACUUAAGGAGACUUACGAAUAAUUGAAAAUGCCAUAUUCGAUAACAGAAUAGGAUGCUAAAUCUUGGAUGCUUAUGGCCGAUAAAGACAAAGAUGGUAAAGUUAGACUAUAAGAUUUUCAUUAAGUUCUCCUAGAUAGUUUGGUUUAAGCAGGAAUUAGCAUAAAUUGA